ACAAAGAAUUAAUAGUUUAUCAUUAAUAUAGUCGACUUUCUCUGCUACUGAACUGGAUUAAUAUAAAUCGUGCGGGAGUUUUAAUAAAUGUGAAAAUUCGUGAACAAAAUUGGAAAAACCAUAAGGAGUGAAGUUAAAAAAAUCGAUCGUCUGCUCGCACCAACCAAUCCUGUGUAUUUUGGAAUUACUUUUGUGUAUGAGUGUACAUCAGAAUAGUUUGUCAUACGACUGGUAGAGGCAGUCGCCGUCGCGCUUCGAGACGGUAUGGCUGUAAAUUGUUGGAUUUUUACAACUUCUUCGAUUUAAAGUUAAAAAUGCUAGCGCAAAUGAAAGAAUCAACCAACAGGUUAAAAGGAAAAAGAUCCAAGGAAUUAAUGUCAUCUUCAAGUCUUUCUGGGAUGUCGCAAUUAUCACACAGCAGUGAAGAAACUCUAGAACCCUUCAUACAUGAGCCCAACAAGUCGGACAUCAGCGAAAGUAUUCCAGAAAAAAACAAUCCAGAGGACAAUGAAUGGCUUAUCAGUGGACCAACUGGCAGUAAAUUACCUCUUUUACGAUUUAAAUGUUCGGCUUUAUCAACGUCACCUGACAACCCACCUGCCAAGCAAUUGCACAUGACUUAUAAAAUAAUACAAGCAGAUACAAAAUUAAUAAGUCUUCUACUCCAUUCACAUGGUCUUACAGAGGUUUCUAUCAAUGAUACAGACUUCAAUAUCUUGUGGAUGGGUAGUCAUCCAAAGCCGGACAUACUGAGAAACUUGGCACCGUUUCAGAAGGUUAAUCACUUUCCGAGGUCUUAUGAAAUAACACGAAAAGACCGUUUGUAUAAGAAUAUUGAAGCUAUGCAAAGAAGUAAAGGACUUCGUAAUCUUGAUUUUAUUCCACAAACGUUUCUGCUGCCAAGUGAAUACAGAGAGCUGUUGACAGCUCACUUUAGAUAUCGUGGACCAUGGAUAGUUAAGCCUAAAGCAAGCUCUCGUGGACGAGGCAUUUAUAUAGUCAAUAGUCCGGAAAAAAUAAUCACCGAGGAAUCUGUCAUUGUAGCUCAGUACAUAAAUAAUCCACUUUUAGUCGAUGGUCACAAAUGUGAUUUACGUCUUUAUAUCGCAGUAACUAGUUAUGAUCCAUUAUUAAUUUAUUUAUAUGAAGAAGGACUUGUCAGAUUUGCUACAGUCAAGUAUGAGGGUGGUAACCAGUACAUCUGGAAUCCUUGUAUGCAUUUGUGCAACUACAGCAUCAACAAAUUCCAUGUUGACUACAUCAAGAGUGAAGAUCCUGAUGCAGAAGACGUAGGACACAAGUGGACGUUGUCUGCCCUGUUAAGACACUUGAGAGCAAUGGGACAAGAUACGGAAUUACUCAUGCAGCGUAUCGAGGACAUUAUAAUUAAAUCUAUAUUGGCUACGGCCUCUGGAAUUGUUAGUGGUGUUAAACAAUUCGUUAAAUAUCCAGACACAUGUUUUGAAUUAUUUGGUUUUGAUAUUCUCAUUGAUGAUACGCUCAAACCUUGGUUAUUAGAAGUUAAUUUAACGCCAUCAUUAGGCUGUGAUUCUCCGUUGGAUAUAAAAAUUAAAUCUGCGCUGAUGUCUGAUCUUUUGACACUCGUUGGAAUUCCAGCAGUCGAUCCGAUUUUGCGGCCACAAAAUACUCAGCAGAAUCGAUCACUUGGCAACACUUCCAAGAGGCUGGCCAGUUACCGACGGGUACAUUCUGCUGAGACGUUGGCACAGAAAAAAAAAGUUAACAAGUCAUCAAACCGCUCGAAUCUUACAUCAGAGCAACAGAGAAUUGUUGCUUCAACUAAAGCUCAAUUUGAAAGACGUGGAGGAUUUGUUAGAAUAUUCCCCAGCCCUAAGUCUUGGGAAAUGUAUUCACAGUAUUUAGAUCCAACAACUGGAAUUCCUGUAGUAUUUGAUCCUCUAGGACCUAGCAGAGUGCCUCAACAAGUUCAUACAAAUCAUAAUCUUAUGCUACAUGAACAAUUAUUUCCAGCUGCUAGUCGCACUUCCGGUUUUUCAGUGCCUGAAGUGACAUUAGAUAGACUGUCAAGAUAUGAGAGAUAUGAGAGAGCGCUAGUUAAAGGACAUAAACAGAGUUUAGAUUGUGGUGAUAGCAAAGAAAAUAUAGAUGUUGAUUCACAUAAAUAUAAGGAUCAAGUUACUCAGAUGAUGCAAGAGGGUAAUAAGCUCAGUCCGGGGGAAGCAAGAAAAGCAUUUGGUAUGUAUUUGGGAUGUAUUCUCCGGAAAAUUUCACAAGCGAGUGCGGACUCAGCAUGUUGUGAUCUUGUUAUGAAGUUUCUGCAACAGUCGUCAAGUAAUUUACGUACGCCUUUUGUAUUCACCUUACCAAGUAAUAAACUGAGCGAUAAAGAUCGAGCAGCAAUAACAGCUAAACAAUUGUCAGAUUUUCUACACCUUUACAAUAGAGAAACAGAUUUAUAUGCUGAUACUGUUGAUCGACCACGAACCGUACCAAAUAGAUUGUUUCAGAAAUUUCUCGCUUCUGCAAGUGAGGAAGAUCUAGAUGACGUCCUCAUUCUCCAAACACGUCUCUACAAUUGUGCCCAUAGUUUCCUCGGACGAAGUGGUUUUGCCGGAAAUCUCCGGGGAAACAAUCUCUUAGGAUCAUUGCCGCAAAUUACUUCAAGAGUUCACUCCAAUGCUGUAUCAUUCGAGCAGUGUAAAUGUACUCAACCUAAUAGACCAAGUAAAGCUCCACGAACAUGAGCCGUCAAUAUUACAAUCGAUAUCUUCGUAUAUUUUUAACAACAUCAGUUUGAUUAAUAUACAAUUCAAUAAUUUGAUAUUAUUGUCAACCGUCCAGACGCUUUAAUUAUGGAAUUUUUCAUAAUGUGAUAGCGAUUCAUCAACGAAAAUGGCCUAAUGUCAUUUUUACAUGUAAAAAAAAAAAACAUCGACAAUCCUUCCUAUAAAUCAAGCGAUAUAAUCAACAUUUAUAAUUGAAACAAUAAUGUUCGUAGAACUGAGAUUCAAUUUGUUCAUUAGUAAUUUUUUUAACGGGUCAAUCAUUUUUUUUUUGGUGCUAGUCUAGUUAGAAUAAUAAAUUUUUUAUGAAAAAUUUUAUUUAGUUUUAAGCAUAAAUAUGAGUAAUUAUACAUUUAUUUAUUUAUGAGUUUAUUUAAUUUCAAUCACGGCCUUUAUCACUGUUUUAAGCAUCAACCACCCUAAUAUAUAUUUAUAUAAGAGAAAUAAUUCCAUCACUAUUUGCUUCCAUAAAUAUAUAAUAUAUAUUUCUUAAUCUUUCCUUCUAGUCACGGAGAGUUUGUUGAAAUCGACAACUGAUUUGAUAGAGAAAGUUGUUGAAUACCGAAAAAAUAUUUUGAGCAGGCUCAGUAGUAAUCUUUUGCAUUUGCCUUAUGAUUACUCAAUUAAAAAAUGUAUGGCAAAUUUUAAGAAGUAUGAUUUAUAUAUUGUAAAUUGUGCACAAAAACGUUUAUGAAAUGGUAAUUGAAAAUAGAAUGAGUGAAGUGUAUGAAGACUUAAAUAAUAUAUUUUUUAAGUAGUCAAGUACGUUUAAUAGUAAGCGAUUUAAGCAAUAAUAAAAAUAUUUAUUUGGCA